AUGGAAGACGACGGUGUGCCCGAAGUGCCAUUGGCUCUUGUAUCCAACCUUUAUCUCGAAAAAAAGGCAUUCCAAGUGAAGCAAAAGUCCAUUUUGUGGGAGGGUUAUGAACGCGCCAAUCUGUUGACACACGCCCAAGUCGAGCUCAUUAAAGCCAUCGACAAGCAGUCUCCCGAGCAAGUGCAAGCCGCUGUCCAAGAAAAAGGCACCGCCUACGCCUCGCUUAUCCUUCACUUACUCCAAAACCUAUCUCGUCCCGACACGGUUCAAUAUGUAUGCGUGCUUACAGAUACCAUUCUCUCUGGCAGCGACGACAAUGCCAAAUACUUUCAACAAGUCGCAUCCGAAGGUGAAGGAUAUCCCUACGGUCCAUUCUUCAAGGCUUUGGAGUUGAAUGAUGAAUUUACUCAAUUACAAGCUAGCAAAAUCUUGACUAUUCUCGCUUGCUCUUCUCCCAACCCUGGAGCAUUGGAUUUGACGCAAUUGUGGCAGUGGAUCAUCCAGCAACUUGGAAGUCAGCAUCCCGAGGUGGUGGAUCUUGUCACCCAAGAGAUCGAAUCACUUCUCCGUGUCCGCCAAUAUCGCAUUCCAUUUUGGAAAACGCCCCAUGCCAUGAAAGAACUUCUCAAGAAUCUGGACAAGCCCUCUGUGACACCUCAAAUGCAGUAUCAAAUCAUCUUUUGCUUGUGGCUAUUGACGUUUGAAGGAGAAAUUGCUGCCAAUAUCAAUAGACAAUACGACAUUGUGCCCAAGUUGACUGAAAUUGCCAAGGCAGCUGUCAAGGAAAAGGUCAUCCGUGUUGCUGUUGCUACUUUGAGAAACCUUGUCGAGAAGGCUCCUGCUGAAAACCUUGCUGCAAUGCUCGUCGUCAAGCUUUUGCCCUUUAUGGAGAAUCUUAGCAGUCGCAAAUGGUCUGAUUCAGAUAUUUUGGAGGAUAUUGACUAUGUCAAGGAACGAUUGCAAGAGAAUUUCCAGAGUCUUACUACCUUUGAACAAUAUGCAUCCGAAAUUGAAACAGGCAAGCUCGAAUGGUCUCCCCCACAUAAAUCGGAAGCAUUCUGGAAAGAGAAUUACUCACGACUUGAGGAGCACAACUAUCAGUUGCUGAGAGCACUCGCUCGUAUAUUGAGCACGUCCACCAGCCCAGUUGUUUUGGCGGUUGGUGCCAAUGAUGUGGGUCAAUACUCCAAAUACGCAUCCAAGGCAGGAAAGAGAUUCCUCCAGGACAUCGGUGCCAAGCAACGAGUGAUGGAGCUUAUGACUCAUGAAGAUUCUGAUGUGCGAUACCAGGCACUUGCUGCCGUCCAGAAAUACAUGCAUCAGGCUUGGCUCUGGAUCGAGAGAAUCAUGGGUGGAUAG